UAAUAUCCUAGAUCGAUCUCUUUCCUAACAAGCUUGAUAAUAUAACAGAAAACAAUUUGAUCAUUUCAUUUUCCAAAUGGACAAACUAUUUGUCAUUGGAUACUGUCUUCUUUAUUCUCUCUUGGUUGUGCAUGGCAAACAAUUUUCAUGCAAUGAAACCCCCUACCCCCGUGUGUGCAUGCAUUACAUUGAAACUACCAACACAUUAUCAACCCUAGAUGCUUCAUCUUCUUCCUUCCAUGAUCUGGCCCUUAGGGUUACCAUGGAGCAAGCCAUUGUGGCUCAUAAACUUGUCUCAAAAAUGGACUUGAAUAAUUUCAAGGACAAGCGAGCCAAGUCUGCAUGGGAAGAUUGUUUGGAGCUCUAUGAGGACACACUUUAUCAGCUCAAACGCUCAAUGAACUCAAACAAACUAAAUGAUAGGUUGACUUGGCAAAGUGCAUCCAUUGCCAACCAUCAAACAUGCCAAAAUGGUUUCACUGAAUUUAACCUUCCCUCACACCUAAAUUACUUCCCCUCCAUGCUAAGCAACUUCUCCAAACUGCUUAGCAAUUCCUUGUCCAUUAGCAAAACUAUGAUGAUGACUUUGACAACUUCAUCGACCAAACAAAGUGGUGGGAGAAGGUUGUUGCUUUCAGAUGGCUUCCCCUAUUGGUUGUCACAUUCAGAUAGAAGGCUUCUUCAGGAAACAACACCAAAAGCUGAUGUUGUGGUGGCACAAGAUGGGAGUGGGAACUAUAAGACCAUCUCAGAGGGCGUGGCUGCAGCUGCUAAGCUCAGUGGGAAAGGGCGUGUUGUUGUGCACGUCAAAGCUGGUGUCUACAAAGAUAGCAUUGAUAUUAAGAGGACAGUCAAGAACUUAAUGAUCAUUGGAGAUGGGAUGGGUGCUACUAUUGUUACUGGUAAUCUUAACGCACAAGAUGGUUCCACUACUUUUCGUUCUGCUACUUUUGCGGUUUCUGGUGACGGCUUCAUCGCUCGAGACAUAACCUUUGAGAACACAGCGGGACCACAACAGCACCAAGCGGUGGCUCUCCGAUCCGGUGCGGACCACUCAGUGUUCUACCGGUGCAGCUUUAUGGGGUACCAAGACACCUUAUACGUCUACGCCAACCGCCAAUUCUACCGUGAUUGUGACAUAUACGGAACCAUAGACUUCAUAUUCGGGGAUGCCGUGACGGUUCUUCAAAACUGCAACAUCUAUGUGAGGAAACCGAUGAGCAAUCAGCAGAACACGGUGACGGCACAAGCAAGAACCGACCCUAACGAGAACACGGGCAUCAUCAUCCAUAACUGUCGUAUAACUGCAGCUGGGGACUUGAUAGCAGUGCAAGGCUCUUUCAAAACCUUCCUAGGUCGCCCAUGGCAAAAGUACUCAAGGACUGUGGUCAUGAAGAGUGCCCUUGAUGGCUUGAUUGACCCUGCAGGUUGGUCUCCGUGGAGUGGAAACUUUGGUCUGAGCAGCCUCUACUACGCAGAAUAUGCGAAUACAGGAGCUGGUGCUAGCACUGCAGGGAGGGUCAAAUGGCCAGGGUUUCGUCUGAUCUCCAGUUCUGAGGCUGUGAAAUUCACCGUUGGAAAUUUCUUGGCUGGGGGCUCGUGGAUUUCUGGGAGUGGCGUGCCCUUUGAUGCAGGUUUAUGAAUGAAUAAAAUAUACUCUAAAUUGUCAGAAACGGAUCGAUUAAUUGUCGUGUUGUGUGGUGAGUGGUGAGUGAAGUGGGUAGGAUUUGGUUGCUUCCAAAUGCCAUGAAGACUUGAUAAUAGGGCUAGUUUGUAUGUGUUUCCUUCUACAGAGGCUACACAAAAUGUUGUAGUGUGUUUCUUCUUCCCUUACACAGUCUGUUAUUUUUUGUCCACGGAAGGACCGAAUUACGGAUGAUGAUAGAUAUGAAUAUCCUGUACAUGUAUCUUUUUUUCUUUCUUUUUCUGACGUCAAGAAUGUCCUGUCUAUCUAUCAAUAAAGUUGUAAAAUGCCAUAAAUGUACACAAGUCUUUGAUUCAAGUUCUUCCACUUGUACUACUUUGAUAUAUUAAUUGCACAUUAUUUUUCAUCA